AUGAACCAUCGCAAGGCUACUGAUGAAAAAGAGAACGGGGCCCGGAGCGGUGGCGUCAGUGGGGAAGGGCAGAGACAACAGUGCUCGGAGAAGCCACCGCUGCUCAGGGGACUCCUGACACUGCUGUUCUGCUGGCUAUCACGGCCUCUCUUCCGCAAGCUGGGGCCUUGGGACCGCGAGAAUGAAGUGCAGAUCCAAGUGGAGGAGAAAGAUGAUACUGAAGAAAGUUCGAGUGGGGAAGAAGAGGAGGAAGACAAACUACCUAGAAGAGAGAGCCUAAGACCAAAAAGGAAACGGAAAAGAGAUGUCAUCAGUGAAGAUGACCCAGUGCCUGAACCGGAAGAUGAAGAAACGCGGAAGGCCAGGGAGAAGGAACGGAGGAGGCGGCUGCGGAGAGGAGCGGAAGAAGAAGAGGAAAUUGAUGAAGCAGAGUUGGAGAGACUGAAGGCCGAGUUAGACGAGAAGAGACAGAUGAUUGCCACGGUCAAAUGCAAACCUUGGAAGAUGGAAAAGAAAAUUGAAGUUCUUAAGGAAGCAAAAAAAUUUGUGAGUGAAAAUGAAGGCGCCCUUGGGAAAGGAAAAGGAAAACGGUGGUUUGCGUUUAAGAUGAUGAUGGCCAAGAAAUGGGCAAAAUUUCUUCGCGACUUUGAGAACUUCAAAGCUGCUUGUGUGCCAUGGGAAAAUAAAAUAAAGGCAAUCGAAAGCCAGUUCGGCUCUUCCGUGGCCUCCUAUUUCCUCUUCUUGAGAUGGAUGUACGGAGUAAACAUGGUUCUCUUUAUCCUGACCUUCAGCCUCAUCAUAUUGCCAGAGUACCUUUGGGGUUUGCCAUAUGGCAGUUUACCCAGGAAAACGGUACCCAGGGCUGAAGAGGCGUCGGCAGCCAACUUCGGCGUGCUGUAUGAUUUCAACGGCUUGGCACAGUAUUCUGUCCUCUUUUACGGCUACUACGACAAUAAGAGAACCAUUGGAUGGCUGAACUUCAGGUUGCCGCUCUCCUAUUUUCUGGUGGGGAUUAUGUGCAUUGGCUACAGCUUUGUGGUUGUCCUCAAAGCGAUGACCAAAAAUAUUGGUGAUGAUGGAGGAGGUGAUGACAACACCUUCAACUUCAGCUGGAAGGUUUUCUGUAGCUGGGAUUACCUGAUCGGCAAUCCGGAAACAGCAGACAACAAAUUUAAUUCAAUCACAAUGAACUUUAAGGAAGCCAUCACAGAGGAAAGAGCUGCUCAAGUAGAAGAAAACGUGCACUUGAUCAGAUUCCUGAGGUUUCUUGCUAACUUCUUUGUGUUCCUGACACUGGGCGCAAGUGGAUACCUCAUCUUCUGGGCCGUGAAGAGAUCCCAGGAAUUUGCGCAGCAGGACCCUGACACCCUUGGGUGGUGGGAAAAAAAUGAAAUGAACAUGGUGAUGUCCCUGCUGGGGAUGUUCUGCCCGACGCUGUUUGACCUGUUCGCUGAACUGGAAGACUACCACCCUCUCAUUGCUCUCAAGUGGCUACUCGGACGGAUUUUUGCUCUUCUUUUAGGCAACUUGUAUGUAUUUAUUCUUGCCUUGAUGGAUGAGAUUAACAACAAGAUUGAGGAGGAGAAGCUGGUAAAGGCCAAUAUCACCCUGUGGGAAGCCAACAUGAUCAAGGCCUACAACGCGUCUCUCUCUGGGAACAGCACUGGACUCCCCUUUUUUGUUCACCCUGCUGAUGUACCUCGGGGACCCUGCUGGGAAACAAUGGUGGGCCAGGAAUUCGUGCGGCUCACGGUUUCUGAUGUUCUAACCACUUACGUCACCAUCCUCAUCGGGGACUUCCUAAGGGCAUGUUUUGUGAGGUUUUGCAAUUAUUGCUGGUGCUGGGACUUGGAAUAUGGAUAUCCUUCCUACACGGAAUUUGACAUCAGUGGCAAUGUCCUGGCGCUGAUCUUCAACCAAGGCAUGAUCUGGAUGGGGUCGUUCUUUGCUCCGAGUCUCCCGGGCAUCAACAUCCUUCGUCUGCACACGUCCAUGUACUUCCAGUGCUGGGCCGUGAUGUGCUGCAACGUCCCCGAGGCCAGAGUCUUCAAGGCGAGUCGCUCCAACAACUUCUACCUGGGCAUGCUGCUGCUCAUCCUCUUCCUGUCCACCAUGCCGGUGUUGUACAUGAUUGUGUCCCUCCCGCCGUCCUUCGACUGUGGCCCUUUCAGUGGCAAAAAUCGGAUGUUCGAAGUCAUUGGCGAGACCCUGGAACAUGACUUUCCCAGCUGGAUGGCGAAGAUACUGAGGCAGCUCUCGAACCCCGGACUGGUCAUUGCUGUUGUGCUGGUGAUGGCUUUGACCAUCUAUUAUCUCAAUGCUACUGCCAAGGGCCAGAAGGCAGCAAACCUGGAUCUCAAAAAGAAGAUGAAAAUGCAAGCGCUGGAGAACAAGAUGCGGAACAAGAAGAUGGCGGCCGCCCGCGCAGCCGCAGCUGGUGGUGGCCAGUAACUCGCACAGAUAUCUGGACGGUUUCUUUCUGUUGAAGAAACAACCCCUUGUUCUACCCCAGACGGAUUAUCAAGGUCAUGUUCUUGCAUAAAAGCAUCAUCAGUCCCACGUGAACCAGGGGUCUCCACCUCUUCUCAAUUACAGAUCUGUUCCUGCGCCACUGCUUUUUGCCCUGCU